AUUUUAUUUGAUUUUCAGUAUCGCUAACUAACGGUUUCAAGCGGAGUUUAUUAUUUUUACUACAAUGCAACCUCAAAACGAGCUUACGCGGAAUGCUUUAUUCCGCGCUCGUAAAGCGGAGCUGGAUUAUUACCAGAGGGCCUUGGACACACAAUGGCUAAACAAUCGAAUGGCCGACGGCCGCAUGGGUCGUUGCCUGGCCCUCAUACAGAACGAAGCACAGAUGGAGAAGGAAUUCCAAGAGAGAACUGAUCAUGCCGCAAUUGUCAAUGCUAGAGCUCAAAAAGAAGCAGACCUCGCUAGUGAAGUGGCUAAAGUCCGCCAUGAAGAAGCUACAGAACUGCUGCGUCGCCACUACCUGCGAGAGCGGGAUCCAGAGCUGCGGACGCUGAUGCAGAAACUUCAAGCUGGUUAUGUGUGCCGAGAUGUGCGCCAACAGAUAUUGCAAAACGAAUAUAAGAGGGCGCAGGAAAAGGCUGAAGAAGACAGAGCCAACUCCACCCUCCUAGCUGCGCUGGGCGAUGACCAGGAAACCAAAAAGAAGGCACUGCAGAAAAUACAGCAAACUGCAGCGUACUGCAAGGAGCUGCAGCAGCAGUUGGUGAACAAGCAGCGGCAGAAACAGUGCCAGUAUGAAGACGCGCUCAUUGAGCAGAAGAUGCUUGAUGAAGUCAUGAGGACCAUUUCUGAUGAGGACCAGAGGGAGCUGAAACAGAAGCGAGAUCUCACGGAGAAGAUGCAACGCGAGAUGGUGACGUUCAAGAAAGCUCGUGAUGCGUGGCGAGCCAAGCAACGCGAGCUCGCUGUAAUGGAGGAGGAGGCUAUUGAAAGACAAAAGCAGGCCGUCUCUGACCGCACUGCUGGCAUCCGCGCAGAAAAAGAACGCCGCGAAAGAAUCAAAGAGGAAAUAAACGAAAAAAUAUGUGCUAAAAUCAUGGCGGACGAGGCGGAGCGUCAAGAUCGCGACAACAUAAUCCAAGAGCUAGUAGAGCACGAAGCAGAAGAGAAACGGAUCCAGGACGAUAUAGCGGCGGGUCGCAAGCAGGAGUACGUGAGGGCCAGCACCAUGACGGACCUCACGGCGCAGAUGGACCUCAAGAAGAAGGAGAUGGAGAUGGAGAAACAGAGACAGAUCGAGUUUAGGAAGGAGUCAGAAGCCAAGCUAGCGGCUCAGGACGCGAAAGAGCAUGAAAAAGAACGUAUAAAGAAAGAGAAGGCGCGUCAGUACUCGUUAGACCUGAAACAGCAGAUAGAGGACAACGCGAGGAGGAGGGAGAGCGAGCGACGUCACGAGGACGCGAGGGCAAAGGCUGUCUUUGACUAUUACAAGGAUUGGAAAGCAGAAGUGUCUAAGGAGCGCGAGAAGAUCGUCUCGGAGCACGUGCCGCCCAUCCUCGGCUACAUCCAGGCGGGCGUGGUGGCCGCGGCCGACCUGCCCGCCGUGCGCGCCGGCGCCGCGCGUGCGCCCGCGCUGGCCGCGCUCGACCUAGACAUGCUGGCGGCGUACGGCGGCCUUAGCAGACAUCCCAAGUGCAACGCGCAGUGCAAGGUGCUCAGGGAGUAUUAG